CAACAGCAGCUCUGUGUACUGUAUCAACAAUACAGUCAGCCAAUCAGGAAACACCCAGCUCCACUCUUACACAUGAUUAAGCAAGGGCUUGUUCAAAAUAUGUCUGAAGGGCCAGCCACAGAAAGCUGUGAGGUAGAAAAGACAUCAAGGAAGCGAGGCCUUGAAAAAACAAAGGAUUUUCCUUCAAAAAAGAAAUCUUGGGGUAUCUUAACUAGUCAAGAUGAUUCAAGUGGAGGAUGAUGAUAAAACGGUCUGGAACGCUUCAGCGGUUAUUCUGGAUAUUGACUCAGGGUCAUGGGCAGACCGGUCCCCGCUUCACGAGGCCGCGGGGCGAGGCCGGCUCCUCACUCUGAGGAACCUGAUCUCUCAGGGGUACAAUGUGGACGUGCGGACCAUUGACCAUGUCACUCCCCUACAUGAGGCCUGUCUGGGGGACCAUGUGGCCUGUGCCAGGGCACUCAUCGAUGCUGGGGCAAAUGUUAACGCCACCACCAUCGAUGGCGUGACUCCUCUGUUCAACGCCUGCCUGGUAGGCAGUGCCACAUGCACUGAGAUACUCCUGGAGAACGGAGCCAAUCCCCAAACUGCCAUAUGUCAGCCGUCACCCAUUCACGAAGCCAGCAGCAAAGGUAAAAGUGCCUGCGUUGAGGCUCUCAUCACAUGGGGGGCUGAUGUGGACUAUGACAUUCCUCACCUGGGAACACCCCUGUUCAUUGCCUGUACGUCCAAACAACUGCACUGCACUCGGAAGCUGCUGGAUAAAGGGGCAAACGUGCAGAAGGGCCGGUUUCUGGAGACUCCGCUGCAUGCCGCGGCUGCACAGGACUGCACGGACGUUGUGAAAGCGCUGCUGGAGUACGGGGCCGACGUCAACGCCAGGAAUCUGGAGCUAAAGAGACCGGUGGAAUCGGCUCCACCCAGCAGCCUAGCGGAGGGUUUCCUCCUGCUUUACGAAGCCAUGCCCCGCCAACUUAGCCAGCUGUGCCGGCUCAGCAUCAGAGACUGCCUCGGCCAGUCCAGACUCCACCUCAUUCCACAACUUCAGCUGCCCACCCGCCUGAUGAACUUCCUGCAGUACAGAUAGAACAGCCACACACAGGACAAACUGCAUUACCUGCACUCAAACUUUCCUUUAACAGCCUGCAACACACACAAAAUAUCAGUCUGUGUGGGUACACCCAAGCACCCAUUGUGUAGUCACAGGCCAUAUGUGCAGAAAUUAAAUUCGUUUUAUACAUUGUGACUGACUAUGUUUCCUGUUUUAUGUACAUAGACCUCUUAAAUUAAAUAUUAUUAUAUAUACACACUGAAUAUCCUCAGACAAGUUUAAUAUUCUGAAUUACAAUUCAAUUUCCUGUUAAUGGUCACCCGUUCUUACAUUUUUAAUUUUGAUUUAUUUUGUGAGGUAGCAAUUAGUCAUGUUCUCUGUUGCUUUCGGAUAUUGUAGUAUUGUGAACAGUAGGGUAUAAUGAAUUACGCUACGGUAUUGUACUAUUGAUUACGUGUCUAUUUUGGUGGAGCUUGUCAUUUUCGCUAUGCACUGUGUUUGUACCUAUAUCGUUUCUCCUGAAUAAUGUGAA